CAUUCGCACGUCCUCUUUACCCCAUCCCCAACAGCCGCCGUCUUGCGCUUGCGCUCCCCUCUUCCUCCUCGAGAUAUCCCUCCUCCCCUACCGGGGGCCGCCGCAUCCGCUGCGAAGCCAUGGCCGCGCCUCUAUACCGCUCGCACCACCCCAGAUCCAACUUCAGAUCCUAUUUUAUCUCGUUACAGUCGCCCCGCACACCGUCCAUGACCAACGGAGCAGUGGAUCCGCCAGAUCCGUUCAUGGUGUUGGUUGAUGCCUUCAUCCCGAUCAUAGACGAGGUAUCAGCCUUGAUCGUGGAAAACGGCGGGCCGUCGCACCCGCCCUUCUGGGGCCACAUCCCGUUCCCGCCGUCAGUCAGCCCGAAAGAACGGGCGGCGGCGCAGCAAAGGGCGGUCGCCGAGGGGCUCCUCCGGUACCGGAGAGAGCUGGAGUGGCCGGCGGAGGACAUCUUGCGCGAGCGCAGGGCCUCCAACCCCAGCGCGGUGCGCAAGCUGGUGGCUUUCGGCGGUUGGGAAGCCGCCCUCUACCUUGCAAUCCUGGAUGGGAUCGAGCCCCACCUCGAGAUCCCCCACCCCCCCGGAGUCGCCUCCCUCGUGCUCAGCGUGUCCGCCGGAGCACGCGACACCUUCAACCAGUUCCCCAGCGGCGCAUCCAUAGCGGGCGCCGACCACAACAUCAUCGCCAUGUACGCCGGGCCGUACCGGCCCACGUUCCCUCCGCCGGGUUUCUACCUGGUCUACGACUCCUUGGCCAACUCCCUCGCCGCCGUCCUGCCGCUGCCGCCGUCCUCCGCCUCGCAGUUCACCCACCGUGGCGUCGGAGCCGGGACCGCCGUCCUCCGCCACGACCCGCCUAGCGAGUACGUGCUCGCCGAGCUCCUCUACCACCGCACCUCGUCAACACAGGCUACUCUGUUCACGUGGUGUUCCUCCGGCGCCGUCGCAGGCCAGUGGAUCAACAAGGAGGUUGUGCUCCCGUUUCCCCUCCCGUCUGACCCUGCUUACAUUUUCUGUGCUGAUGUCGUGUUCGCGCUGGGAGACAAUUCUAUAUGCUGGGUGGAUCUCCUUAAGGGCAUCCUGAUCUGCGACAAGGUUAUGGAUGAUCCAAAGUUUCGGUUCAUAUCCUUGCCCAAGGGAUACUCCCGGUCAUGGCAUCCUGAGCAAGGCCGGGGGAGGCCAAGGGACUUCAGCUCCAUGUGCAGUGUUCGUGGUGACACUGUCAGGUUCGUUCACAUGAAUCCAGCCAGCGACAUUGACGACCUGAUCACCCUCACAACAUGGACUCUCUGCAUCUCAAACUCAGUAUGGAAGAAAGGCGGAUCCUUCCGUAUCAUUGAUGUGUGGGCUGAUCCAACCUACGAAGAGCUGAAGCUGCCCAAGAAGGUGCCCAGGUGCCCCAUUCUUAGCCUCCUUGAUGAGGAGGACGGCGUCGUCUACCUCACUGUGGCUGAGAACAACUGCCAGUAUGUGUUCUCUGUUGAUGUGGAACGUAGGAUGGUAGUUUCUGGCAACAGGUUACCUCCUGAAGGCCGACAAUUUAGCCGCAUCAUGGCAGUUGAGGUUACCAUGCACUUGAACAAGAGGCGGUCCAGGACUGGUGGAGAGCACCUUGUACCGUUGAAGUGAAGCACGAGGAAGGAGAGGGAGGACCGUGAAAGCAUCCGAAGUUAACAAGUUUCUGAAUGCUUACUGCUGUCUGUCUUAUGCUGUUACCUUGCUAAUCUUGGGGGUUUUCUGAAGUCGUCAUGUAGUUCUGAAGUAGUUCCCUGGAGCCUUGCUAAUUCAGAUGUCAUUACUCUUUCGUAGUUUUGGGCUAGUCUUGGACUUGAGCUGUAGCCAGGCCGGGCCUCCUGCAGAAUGCAACAAUAUAUACUUCUGUGGGAUGGUGAUGCCCUCCACCAAAUGAAGUGAAGGCCAUAUCAGGCUAGUAUGUUAUUGGAAUAUCUAUUUAUUUGCCAUUUGCAGGGGUGGUCGCAGGAAUGUUGGUGCCAACGUUCACACGCAUAGUUUGUCAGCUUUGACAGAAUUAACGCGCUUCCAGAAAUUGUAUACCAUAUGCUUUGAUGAAACACUGGAACCAUAGAUUGUCAGUUAAUAUGCACGUGUGAGCAUGUGUACGUGCUGCUCGGCGGGCGGCAUUUUUAUAUAA